CCGCGGAUGCCUAUUUCAGGCGCAUCUGGCGAGCGAUUGACAGGUGUCGGCAGCGGGGGGCCCAGCGACGCGUGGCGCGGCGGCCCGUGCCCUGGGAGACAACAGUUGUCAGGUACGUUGGUUCCUCAGGGCAGGGCUGCGGCGGCAGGGUUUGCCCGAUGGGCCAGCCAGGCCCGAAGCCCGAAAGCUACGAGACGCCGGGUGCAGGAGCCUCAGUCUUCGGCGAAGUUUGGAACUUGGAGCUUGGAGGCGCUGGCCAUCUUCAGGGACAAUGUCACGUGGAAAUGGGCUUCCGCUGAGUCAACCCAAUGACCGAUUGAAGCUGGCUGUGCCAAAACUCUCGGCCCGCGGCUCCCCCGGCGUCCAGAAUUCACCGCCAAACUGCCAUGACUAAGUAGGGAGUCAGACGAGAGUCAGAUUCGGACAGAGAAUG